AUGGGUAUCAACAAUCCUAUUCCUAGAAAUUUGAAGAGCGAGACAAAAAAAGCUGCGAAGAUAUUGGCUAGUUUUGUCAAACCAAACCAAGUUUUUGGUGCGGAUCAGAUCAUUCCCCCAGAUGUUUUGAAAAGAGCUAAAGGGUUGGCUAUCAUAACAAUCUUGAAGGCAGGUUUCCUGUUUUCUGGUAGAGCUGGUUCUGGUGUGAUAGUCGCAAGGUUAAAGGACGGCACAUGGUCGGCUCCGUCCGCCAUUGCCAUGGCUGGUGCUGGUGCAGGUGGAAUGGUCGGUAUAGAAUUGACUGAUUUCGUUUUCAUUUUGAACACUCAGGACGCUGUGAAAUCGUUCUCUGAAUUUGGAACCAUCACUCUGGGUGGUAACAUCUCUGUGUCUGCUGGACCUCUUGGUAGAAGCGCGGAAGCAGCUGCAUCAGCCUCUGCUGGUGGUGUUGCAGCUGUUUUUGCUUAUUCCAAAAGUAAGGGUUUAUUUGCAGGUGUUUCCGUAGAAGGUUCUGCCAUUAUAGAGAGAAGGGAGGCCAACAGAAAGUUCUAUGGUGACAACUGCACUGCAAAAAUGAUUUUGUCUGGUAGGAUAAGAGCACCUCCAGCAGUGGAUCCAUUGUUCCGUGUUUUAGAAUCGCGGGCCUUCAAUUAUAGAACCUCCAAUAGUGGCCGAGGCAGUUUCGAUGACGACGAAGACGAUUAUAAUGAAGACGAUUAUUACAAUGACAUUCCAAGUUCAUUCAGCUCAACAGAUGCUUCCUCUACUAGACCCAACACAAGGUCCACAAGAAGAAGAGCUGAAAGUGGUUCUCGGUACACAUUCGAUGAUGACGACGACGAUGAUGAUCAUGGCAACGGGUUUCCAAGGAAUUCAAGACUGGCACCUACUACCAGUGGCGGAAGUGGUGGUAAACUUGAUGAUCCCACUGGGGCUUCCAGUUACUAUGCCAGCCAUAGAAGAUCUGACACCGCUCAGUCAAGGUCUCGUCCUCUAAGGAACUCACGCAGAGCCGAUGAUGAUUACGAUGAUUACGACGAUGAUUAUGAAACCGGGUAUAGACGUGGCAGUGGGAGGGAUAGGACAAAAGACCGUGAAGUCGACGACUUAUCAAACAGAUUCUCCAAGUCUAAGAUUUCAUCCACUUCCACGCCGCAAACAAGUCAGGGCAGAUUCACUGCCCCUACAUCCCCAUCCACAUCUUCUCCAAAGGCCGUGGCAUUAUAUACCUUCGCAGGUGAAGAAUCCGGAGACUUGCCAUUUAGAAAGGGCGAUGUUAUCACGAUUUUGAAGAAAUCAGACUCCCAGAAUGACUGGUGGACCGGCAGAGUUAGUGGUAGAGAAGGUAUAUUCCCAGCAAAUUAUGUUGAAUUAGUUUAA